AUGGCAAACUACGCGGGCAAGCUUGUGCUGGCGCCGAUGGUGCGCGCGGGCGAGCUACCGACCCGGUUGCUUGCUCUGCGGCACGGCGCCGACCUGGUGUGGGGCCCGGAAAUCAUCGACAAGAAAUUGGUGCAGUGCCAGCGGGUGCCGAACGACGAACUGCAGACGGUGGACUAUGUAUUGCCUAGCACGCAUGCAGGAAAGCCCCCAGUGGUGGUGUUCCGGACGGCGCCGGCGCUGGAGGGCGGGCGCGUGAUCUUCCAGCUGGGGACGGCGAGCCCGACUUUGGCGGUGCGUGCGGCGAACACUGUGAUCGGUGAUGUGGCCGGCAUCGACGUGAACGCCGGGUGCCCCAAGCACUUCUCGAUCCAUGCCGGGAUGGGCGCUGCACUGCUGCGCACGCCAGACACGCUGUGCGGGAUUCUGCGUGCGCUGGUGGACGAGGUAGGGCGGCCGCACUCGAAGCCCAUCAGCGUGAAGAUUCGGCUGCUGGACGACCUGGCGGCCACGCUCGAUCUGGUGGAGAAGCUCUGUGCGACUGGCAUCAGCAACCUGACGGUUCACUGCCGUACGACUCCGAUGCGAAACCGGGAGGCCCCGAUCCGCAGCUACCUGGCGUCCAUUUUCGAGCUGUGCCAGGCCAGCAAAGUGUCACUUAUAAUGAACGGAGCGCUGGAAGGUCGCAAGCACUUUGAGGAGGUCCGCGCCGAGCUAAAGCUACCCACCGACGUUGGCGGAAUGAUCGCGGAGGCGGCAGAGGCAAACCCAACGGUCUUCUCGUUGAAUCCGCUGCCGUGGCACCAGGCCGUACCCGAAUAUCUACAGAUUGCGGACCAAUACCGUAAUCAUACCAGCAACACGAAGUACAUGAUGAAUCGCAUGGUUCCUGGCAAGUCACCCUUCUACCAGUACUUCAUCCGCUGCAAGACCUCGGAUGACUUCCUCUAUGUGGGGAAGCAGCUAGGUCCGAAUGGGGAAUGCCUCUCCGACCCGACAGAAUACCUUGCAAAGAGCAGGAAGGAGGAGCAGCAGGAGAAAAAGGCGACCAAGGGCAAGUUGCUGCAGCAUCAUGAUGAGUCGCAAUCGAAGGGCAAGCGUGUUCUCGAAGAUGAGAAUUCGCAGGAAUCGAAGCGGACCAAGACAGAGCAGGCAUGA